CUCGUUCCUCGCCUCGGCAUAAUUUUUCCAUUGCGAUCGAAAAUGCUAUCCAUUUAAGUAUAUUCGGCCCAUGAUCUUUUACACUAUUUCUUCUUUAUCCUGCUAUUAUUCACCUCUCCACCGCUCUCACUUUCUCUUCACUCUUCGCUUUCACCUUUACAAAGUCUUUUUCUACCCAACUAAACUACUACAUUAUGCCUAAUCCAGUUGUUCCCACCAACUCCAUUUUCAAGGAGGAUAUCCUUAAAGGCAAAGUUGCCUUUGUUACAGGUGGCGGAUCCGGUAUCUGCAAGGGCAUGGCGGAGGCAUUGGCCCGUCAUGGUGCCAAGGUCACUAUUGUCAGCAGAACCUUGUCAAAGUUAGAGGCUGCAGCCAAGGAGAUGCGCGCUUCAACUGGUGGAGAGAUUUUUGCUGUGGCCGCUGAUGUCCGUGAUCCUAAACAAGUACAAGAAGCUGUGGAGAAGCAUAUUGCGCAUUAUGGUCGUCUCGACAUCCUCGUCAAUGGUGCAGCUGGAAACUUCUUGUCACUCUCUCAACAUCUAUCCUUCAAUGCCUUCCGAUCCGUGAUUGAGAUUGAUCUGAUCGGAACCUUCAAUACCACAAAGUGCUGUUUCCCUUACUUGAAGGAAUCCAAGGGUUCUAUCAUUAAUGUCUCCGCCACAUUAGCCUAUAACGGUCAGGUCUUCCAAGCACAUGCCUGUGCUGCCAAAGCUGGUGUUGAUGCUCUUUCCCUUGUCUGGGCCAACGAGUGGGGCCCUCUUGGUAUCCGUUCCAACUGCAUUGCCCCCGGUCCAAUUGCCAACACAGUUGGAAUGUCCAAAUUAUCUCCCGGAGAGGCCGAUGGGGUUCGUGUUCCCAUUGGGCGUCUAGGCGAAGUCCGUGACAUUGAACAUGCCACUUUGUAUCUUGCCUCCGAGGCUGGUGCCUUCGUUACUGGACAGGUCUUGAUCGUCGAUGGCGGAAACUGGUUGCAGCCCAGCAUGGCCAACGGAUACCCAGAGGUAUGUGCUCAGGAACUCAACAUGCGCGCCAUCAUGGAGCCUGACAACCCUAAGUCUAAGCUGUAAAAAAAAGUUGUAAAAUACAAUAUUAAUAAAAGUACAUAAAAUGUGCAUUCACAUGUAGUUUUAAUUUUGAG